CUCAUUACUGUAAACCAUUUCAGGGUCUCUCUCUUCCCUUUUUUCUGCCCUCCUCGCUCUUUCUCUUGCUCUUUCUCUUUCCAAGCACCUUCACAAUCACUCCCAAUCCUGACUUUUCCCCUGAGUCUGAUGGCGCACUAUGCUAUUACAACAGUGAUAUAGACAUUUUCUUCAUCUUAUUUUCCUCGUCGGAUUUUCAAAGACAUCCACUCCACUGCCUCCCUCCAUUGCUGCCAACCGUUCUCUAUCCUCUUUGACAGCAACAACAACUGCGCUGAUAGACAUCAUCAUCCAUCUUCUAUCCCUUCUGCGGUUGAUUUGACGUUCUGAGGCAUUUAUUUAGGUCCUUUCAUCCUCUUGUCCUUUUCUCCCCAAACAUACGCUCUAGCCCUGGUCAAUAAAAUCAAACCUCCUCAAAAUUCUGCAAACAUGAAUACCUCACAAACUUGUGACGACCAUCCUUCCGCCUCCCCCAAUUUCAGGUCAGAAUACGAAGCACCCUUCGCGCCAUGCACCCGUCAAUCUUCACUUUCGCCUUCCCCACCUCCCUCGCCCAUACAUAAUACAUGGUCCAGUAACACGUUGCCACAUAAAGACAUCUCCAGUCAUCAUGAUGAUACAUUUCGUUCUAUACUCAGAAGUCCGCGAGUAGCAAAGACAAGCUCUUCCUCUAUUUCCUAUCAUCGCAAUCAUCACAGCUAUAGUCACUCUGAUGGAUCUCCUUACACCAUCAAUCAUAUACACUCCAACCCCGAGCCACCAGCUCGAUCAGCCUCCUCUACGUACAGAUCCUCUCCAUAUGCUUCUCCACGGAUUAACAAUCGACUACCGUCCGUGAUUGAUAGGAUGAAGGCUGACUUGAAGCCCCACCAUCGAUCUUCAGCAAAAACUCCAUCACGACCAUACUACCACCAUAAUCAACACUACCCAAUGUCUUCAUUAUCGACCGCAGACCCCAACUAUCGCCAUCCCUCUCCUACAGUCCAAACAUUGUAUUCCGACAUGAAAUCUAGAGACAACUCUUUGCAUCCCGUACCGGCACGAACUCUUUUCAGGAAUGAGGUGACCCAGAGAGCUUAUUCAGGACAGAGCUCGCAAAUGAAAAGGAGUUUUGAAAGACUCCAGCGGAUGGAUAGUGGUAAAGUCGAAUAUCGGACUAUUGCAUUCUGCACACACCUGACCAUAUCUCGUUGGGAACCUCCCUUACCUACAUCCACAGAUGGUUCUACUGAGGAAGGGUCUAGUUCAGCUACAUCAUCACCUGAAGCUGCAAGAAAUAACCCAGCUCAUGCGGCCCGCCUAUUGACUCUUGCAAACUAUAUCAGUCAUAUCCUAUCCCUAACCGCAGGAAUCCCCAAUAAACAACCACAUUCGGCUGUAGCCCAUCAACCCAAGCCAGAGCAGGCGGUAGCAGGGAACAGAAUCAACUCCACUUCUUCUUCCAACUCUGUCUCUGUAAAUGUCUCGUCUGGCCCUGGACCCAUUAAGUCUGAAUCAGGUCGACAACACCGCUACUCACCCGAUUACCAUCACCAUUUGAUCCGACGGAACGCCCAUCAUCAAGCGCUGCAACCAAUGAGAGGUCAUUCUGGACUUCAACAAUGUCCUCAAGAUGAAUCAGUGAUCUAUCCAUAUAGAAACGAACCAUCAUAUGAACAAAGCUAUCAAGAAGGACCUCAUGUCUUUGAUCAACGGGCACGCUCUUCCGCACGACAGGAUAGACAUGAAAGCAUGAGUCGAGCAUCGUCACAAUUUCUUUCGCACCAAGCUCGACGUCCGAACUACGAGCAUGAGCCUCAAUUUCAAACGGGUCCACCACGGGAUCCGCCGCCAUUACUCAGGAUUCCUUAUCCAAAUCUGACCUUGACCCUUGCUCUUAUUUACGUGGAUAGACUCAAAGCAAAAAAUAAGGAUGCCAAAGGCGAGGCUGGAUGCUCGCAUCGCCUGUUUUUGGUAGCCUUCAUAAUUGCAGCCAAAUACCGUUGUAGCGUUGAGCUGGCGUCCCCUUUAACUCAAGAUAUGGAUGGCUUCAACCAAGAGCAUGGCAGCUAUGGUCUAGAGCCAUCAGUCGACAACCGUGAUAACGAUAAUGAAUACUUUGUAGAUGGGCCACUGAGGCCGAUGUCUGGAGUUUCUACUGCCUCAACAGAGCAAAAUCUGGAAAGAUCGAAUGCAGAAUUAAUCUUCUCUAAUGACGCAUGGGUUCGGCUUUUGAACCUUGGAUCUUUCUAUCGACAACCAAUACCUGCCAGACCGACUGCUAACUCCAGAAAUCAAGGGUCAUAUCAUCAUAGUCAUCAUACUCAAUCCUCUGGGAGCCCUAACUCCCGAGCAUCAUCAGAACAAUCAAUGCUUGGACAGCCUUCGCCUAGUGCGACGUCUCUUCGAGUAAGAACGCCUUCUGAUCUGGCCACUCAAGCCCCAUUCCAUGCUCAAACAUCGUUUCCGUCGAACUCUUCGAUCAUCAACGCCACCAACGCGUCACCUACAGCAGCCAUGUUACAAGUGGAGGAUUUAGAUAGAAUGGAAGCUGAGUUCUUGACCUUUUUGAACUACGACCUUGCGACGAUGAGUCAUGACUUGGAGACAUGUUGGAACUUGCUGGUGGGGAAGAAGGAGUCUCGCCCUUAAUUAUUAAUAAUAGCAACAAUCAGAUGUACUCCAUGGUCACAUAAAAUAAACAUAUACACA